UGUGAAAAUAGAAUUCCAAUUCUCUUCGGAUUGCGCUCUGAGAUUUUAGGUGCUUCUAAACUGAACUAUUGCGUGAGAGAAACAGAUAAGGAAAUGUCGAAAGUAGAGUGGGAUGGGAACGCAGAAACUUAUGAUGAUCCAGACGAGAGGAGGGUUCUCCUUCAGGCGUUGGACUCUUUCUAUCAAUACUCAAAAACUGCACAUUACAACACGACUCAUCUUCGGAGGCAGUCGUUUUACGCCUUGCCACAGGCGCAUAGCGAAUUGUUAGCAGCUCCGCCAUUCUCAUAUCUUGACACCCUCAAUGCCGUAGAUGAUGGGAUAGACAAGAAUUCAGAGCUAGCCUUAGCCAUCCUAUCCUCGGGGCUUCAAGCCUUUGGAAUUCCACAUCCAAACACGGGCGACAGCAAAGACUCCGAAUGGUUUGGCAUGGCAACCGCUAAUGACCUAGAAAAAGCAAGAAGCACUCUGCGGCAAUUCUAUCGAGAUUGGUCCGAGGAAGGGGCUGCUGAACGAGAGGCAUGCAAUGGUCCAGUGAUCAAGGCUCUUCAGAAAGAACGUUCGGUUCGCUCUGGGUCAUCCAUGCGUGUUCUGGUCCCAGGAGCGGGGCUUGGUAGACUUGUAUUCGACCUCUGCUGUGCAGGAUUUGACGCCGAGGGGAAUGAAAUUAGCUAUCAUCAGCUUCUUGCCAGUUCCUAUAUCCUAAAUAUCUGUCCGAAAGCCAAAGAACACACUCUGUUUCCUUGGGUGCAUUCGUUCUCAAAUCACAGAAAUCGUGCAAAUCAUCUCAAAUCAGUUCUCGUGCCUGAUGUACAUCCUGCAACCACUUUAGGCGGGGUCGAACAUCCUGGAGAGAUGAGUAUGAGUGCAUCGGACUUCUUAUGCUUAUAUGGCAAUGAGGAACAUCGAGAUACUUUCGACGCCGUGGCCACGGUCUUCUUCCUCGAUACAGCCCCAAACAUCAUACGGUAUAUCGAGACAAUUCGAAAUUGUCUCCGAACAGGCGGGUUACUGAUUAACGUGGGACCAUUACUUUGGCAUUUCGAGAACAACGCCCCAGGCUCGCACGGCCGUGAAACAGACUCAUCGGCGCAAGACGGUAACAGGGGAAUCGCAGAGCCUGGAAGUGUAGAGCUCACCGACGACGAAGUGGUGGCAUUGGUGGAAAAAUUGGGCUUCGUUGUUGAAAAGAGGGAAUCGGGAAUUUCCGCACCGUACAUACAAGAUGCAGAGAGUAUGCUGCAAAAUACUUACAAAGCUAGUCACUGGAUAGCAAGGAAAAAAUGAUUUAAAAGCUACUGCUGGUCAUAUACCAAAGCAGUUUGAGUUCCAUGUCUUGGUAUCAUCUCGUCAAAGCUUUGCCUUUUCAGCGUCGCCCUCUCUCGUAGCAUCAGCCAUGCCUCCGCGAGACCACACUUCGCCACCAUCAACAGUGAUUGUUGCUCCGUUAAUAUGAGAACCUGCUCUACUAGAAAGGAAGACCACGAGUCCUGCAAUGUCCUCCGGCUUGCCUAAUCUUUUAUUCGGGU